GGCUCAAAUGUAGAAGACCAAAGAGAAAGAAUGGCGUCAGUUGUGAUGGAAUCGGGAUGUGUAGAUACAGUGACUUCCACUAUUUGAUUCCAAGAGCAAGAUGAUCAUAUGAGUGUUUCACACACUUCUACCUAGACCUCUUCCGAUGGCGGACGGUGGAAUUGGAUUUGCGAUUUAGACCUUUAGUAUAGCAGAAGUUGUAUCCAUCAUGUUGUUGCGACGACAUCAACUAGGACCGCUGGUGCAAAACUUAACUUCGUCUAUCCAUGAAAUCAAAAUCAUGACGCAUUUGGCAGGAUGAUUUUUAUACCAGAAGUGUCUAAGUAGUCGUACUAGUUACGGAGACGGCUGCGCCACAACUGACUCGUUUUGGAUGGAGAGAAGUCGAGUGAGAGUACUGUAGAAGCAACUCCGACUGGGAGUAGGAGGAGUCGCGACGUAGUGUGUAUUUUUGGUCAUCAUGCUCGUUUCCUAUUCUGAUACUACUAAUACAGAUACUGUUCUUCGUAUAGAUCAUAUCAGUUUCUUGAGCUUGAGGUCGGUUUUCUCGUCGUGGUCAAUUCAUCCAAACUAGAAUGUCGGGUGCUGAGGCACAAGAGCAGAGCAGCGUCGAUGCGCAACUGUUGCGAGAAAUCGAAGCAGACGGCAUCGGCCUCGGACCGAUCGGCACCAAUACUGCUCUCGACUUCUAUGCGACACACUUGAAAGCUGGAGGUGCCAAGAAGUUGGCUACUUCAAAGCACAUAGGAGCGUCUGGGCCGAAAAGAGAGGAUGAUAGCGGGAAGCAAACUUUGCACAGCGAGGGAGGACUUGCGAAGAAGAACAAUAAAGACGACAUUGAUCAAGAUGGUGGCGGCUCCACCACAGGUCGAGGACGCAAGAGCUGGUCUCCACUGCCUAGCAUCAUGGAAGAGGGUGAGCUCCUCGCAGGUGGAACCGCGGAUGCAUUCUCGGAUGAUUUCGGCUCACUUCCAUUCGAUGACGACCCAUUUGCAAUCGAUGUAACAGGCCCAUUGUUGGACGAAUUUGGCGACGAAUUCGACUCUUUUCCACCGCACCACAACGCAGCAGCCCUAGGUGGAAAAGUUCCGUACCUCCGAUUUUACCUUUCUAGUUUCAACAUGAUGUUGUCUACCUCGCAGUUGCAACCAAGGAAAACUAGUUUUUAUAACAUUUAUUUUGAAUCGCACUCCACGGCUGAUGACCGAGCUAACGUACUAGAACUAGAAGCUAGUACGACGAAACGAAAAACUACAGUAACUAUAAGUAGUAAGUAUGAUAUUUGAGUAACCUCCUUCUAUUUGAGGAACUUGGUAAUUUUCCCCAUUGGCUUAGAGGUGUGCUGCAAAUCUUGACUGGCUUCUUCCUUUUUAUAUAUAAGGAUGAGGCUUAGGCCCAGCGACGCUUAAAGCAUAUAAGUAAAGCAGCCGGCUCGUUUUCCCUCUAAAACUAAAUUUUAAGCUUAUCCCUUUAUGCAGUACGAUAACAGUUUCCUAGUGAUGCUGAAAUUUUAACAGAUGGCGUUGCCUUCCCGACGUUGACGCGGCAGAAAUGCUGAAUCUGCGUGGCCGUGAUCCAAAUGCUGGCGAGGUACCAUUUGUCGGCGAGGACGUUUUGAUUUUUCUCUCCGAACCCGAAAGUACUGCGGAUCGCUUCAUGCAGGGCUGGUAUCAAGCGAGAGUGCUGGGGCUCAACGAAGGCAUGAUGAAAGUACUAUAGUUUGUGGCUUUGUGCUCCAUGUCAACGAUAGUACCUUGGAGGACGAGUACACGUUCCUGCUUCUUUUCCUGCUGUGUAGUGAAGGAUGUCUACUUGGCUGAUACGUACGUGAGUCUACGCUGGACAGCGAAUGUCGUACUAAGUUACUCUCUCGUUCUUGUCGUUCAUUUUCCAGCAAGAACACACGAAUUCAGUUUUAUCAUCGCUAUUGCUUUAGCAGUAAAAAAAGGUGUUUGAAGUAGGGUCGUAAUUAUUCAUUUCCAUUUACAAAGAAGAUCUCACUCUCAGGUCGCUUGGGCAAACGUGGAACUCGAUCGCAGCACGGACCUUCAGCUCGACGGGAUGAAGUGGCACAGCGUACCUCGACCACCUGUUCCAACGCAGCAAGAUGCCCGACGGUUUUCUCAGCGCAAAGCCGCAGAAGCGGCGACACGGCUUCCCUGCGGUGUUUUAGUCGGAGCGUCCGCAGCCACAAGCAGUCAUUCGGAUUUUGAUGACGAUUUUCAUCCUGAAGAAAAAAGCCGCAACACCACGAGUAACAACGUGAAGAAGAACAAAUCUAGUUCGCAUACUCCAACAGAAGAACAAGCUCGAUCACGACUAGAGGAGAUGCACCUGCAUGGAGAUGCAGAGGAGCUGCUUUAUCGACUACAGCGAGCCUUAGUAACGGUUGACAUUCCGCUUUCCCGUCGUCAUGACCGUUUCAAUACCGAUGCGCGCGACGUAAGCAUCAUGCCAGCUGCACAAGGCGAAGAUGCGGAUGAAAAGGUCGACCAAGAGGAUGACCUACUAGCAGACAGUGAUGACGGAGAAUCGAAGCCAAAACGUGGCAAGAAAGCAGGGGGGGCUAAGAAGAGGGUUGACUGCCCUUCCUCAUCGACAUCCGAAGACGUCAAGGUCAUAGGCAAAAAAGCACCACCAGGAAUCGAAAUAGCAGACUCCCCUUCCGAUGCUGAAAUGGAUACGAAAGGCAAGGGCUCUACCCGCAAGACCAAAAAAGGUAAACAAAGCAGACGAGGCAGCUCCGCAUCCCCUCCAAAAAAGCAGAACAAAGACACCAGUUCGAAAUCGAACUCUCCCGCAAAAAUGAAAAUGAAGAGCCCCAGCCCGUCGAAAAAAAAGCAAAAGGAAGAACAAGAUGAGGAAGCGCGCAAAGUCAUCGACAAAUUGAACAACAAAGCUCGCAGUAGCUCAACGUCAACAGAGAAUACAUCGACAGAAAAGCCUGCAGGCCUCGAAACACUUCGACGAGAAGCCCAGAGACGCGCAGAAGCGGAGAUGGUCGAUAAGCAGUACGAGAAGCAGCCCGUCCUCGUCGACGACGCAGAGCUAGACAGACUCCGAAAUCCAUCGUCUACGAGGUGGUUUGGCGAUAACACCGACUUUGAGCCGAAGAGCGGUCCGAGAUGGCGUGACUGGGCCUUCCGAAAACGAAUUGUCUCGGUAAGCAUAAUCACGAAGCUGAAUCUAAUAAAAUAAUGGUGUGUAGAGUACGGCGCAGCGCUGCAGAGUGCUCUGCUGCAAUGUGCGGCCAGUGCUGCUGAGGGAUAUCCCCAGGCGGGCCGGCAGGUGGGCGCCCCGAUUCGUAUGCAGCUUGCUGCGGAUCCAGGGCGCAUGCGCUUACUCUGCCGUGGGGCUUCAGAAGUGGGCGCCCGAAGGGCGCUCCGAUUUUUGACCCCAAGUCUCACGGUGGGCGCACGGUGGGCGACACCAUUCGCAGAAGACCCACUUUUGGGCCGCCCAGCGGGCCAGCGUACCAAGCGUGCCCACCGAUCCAAUCAUGUAGAGGGAGCAAACUUUCUUAUAUAUAUUAAUGUUAUUAUUAUGAGACACCAAAAAUAAAGUGGUAGCUCUGAAAACAGCAAAACCGAGGUUGGUAAAACAAUGACACUAUUGAUAAUAGUUUACUACUAUAAGCUAGGCAUAGGCCUAGCUCUAGUAUAUAAAACUCUAGCUAUAGGUAAUAUAUGGGGUUAAAUACCAGUCUUAUUUCUCGCGCUAUGCGCUUGUUUGGUGAACCGGUACCCUGGGGCGAACCACCGGCUGCACAUAGCGCGGGAGCCGAGCACUUCUCUGAGGCACGCAUAGGCUUCGGCCGCCUUAGAUGAGAAAACCUCCAGGGCAGUUGGACGACAGACGGCGCCUAGAAUAAACGGAUCACCUACUUAAACUAGAUGGCCAAUUUUUUGCUAGUCUUAUUGUAUAUACUUCUACCUUUUUCUAUCUUUCCUAGGUAGGUAGUUGGCUCCACCACAAAUUAUGUAAUCACUAAUAUUUAUAAUGUGGCGAACAGGAGCAGGCGUCAUCUCUUUAGAAGGCAGCUGAUUGAGCGUGCUGGUAUUCGUAUCAAAAUGAUGUAUGUUGAUCAGCAGUAUUAGUGAACUUAUCAACUUCAACGGACACGACCACGACUAGGCCCGCUUCUCAGCGGACGACUUAGCGACGUAUCUUCACGCCCAUCGGUUUUGGCGCAACAUGACGCAGCGUAUGUACGACGAGAGCCUGACCCAUGGUCCUAUGAUUGACGCGUGGAUGAAAACACAAACUAAAGUACGAUAUUUUUUCAAAAUGCACCAGAGGAACAAAAAGCUCUGGUCGGAGUUUCGUGCUUCGAUCGUACCUGACCACACACGGGUCAAGGUUGUGCGCUUGACCCAUGCUGAAUUCGUCAUUGAAGAUCGUAGGGAUAGUCCGCCUGAUGAAAGCCUCUUGUUUCGCGUGGAUGCGCAGAAAGCCACCCCGAAGGUGUCUGCGACCGCAGCUGCGUUCUCGAGUAUGACAAGGCCGAAGCUGGUGCUUGAGUCUGUUGCUGGUAAGCGGCAACAAGAUGGGUCUGCUGAUACUAAACUGAGUAAAGGCCUCCUGGAGAACGGUGUUGUGCGAACUGGCUCAGCAGUCAGUGCUGUACCUGCUUCAUAUAACCACGUGAACAUGCUGACAACUACAACAGGGUCUCGCGGUAGUGAUGAGGAGGACCCAACCGACGGCACAAGAGCACCAUCUCCCGGUAGGAUAGGCAGCUAUCAGGAGGAGAGUCCUGAAAUCGUCAAGAGUAAAGACGAGGCUCUGCUGGAUGGCAUUAGAGGCAAGAAGAAAACCUCCAAAAUCAAACCAGAUCAAAAGGCUACAGAAAAUGCUGUUCCAGGCGAGACAUUAGUGCGCGCGCAUGGCUGGAAAUUGUCCGACGAAUUCGUGGAAAAAUAUCGCGUCCCUGAAGGUGUCGUCGAAACCGUUAGCCGUAUUUUCGAUGAGCACGAUCCGGCGCAGGUUUUCUUCUAUCCGAGUGGCGUCUACUCCGCGCCUAGCCGCAUCGGAAAAAACGCUGGCUACGGGCUUUUUUCCUUCUAUCUUCGCACCCCCAUGGAAUGCGUAGGAGACUUUGGCGGCAAAUGCACAUCGAUUCCUACCUUCGAUAAGACACCGCAUGCAGAUUUCACCGAAAAGUACGCAAUGAGCUUCCAGAACGGAGUGGUCAGUUGCAUGAUCGAUCCCUGUUGGGGCAAAGACAUUUUCGAUCGUCGACUGCACCCGUUUGCUGUCAUGAACGAGCCGCCACCCGGCGUAUACGCCAAUUGCGAGGUACAACUACUUACCAGUUGAUAUGGAGUAGACAGUUGUUUUGGUUUUCGUCUUAUUUACAUAGAUGAUCUUCACGAUAAUUAUGAGCGCUAGCUCUCCAACUUGCUUCUCAGAAGUCUGCUCUUGGAGCUUAGAAAAGUGUGUUUGAAUUCGUUUUCGCGUACACAAAAAAUUGCAAUGUUGUACAUGAUCGAUGUAGUACAACUACUAGUGCACCUGACGCACUUCUUCGUUUUCAGUUGCCACACCCACCAUCUACUCAAAACUGAAAGGUCGUGAGCAAAAUCGAGGAAUCCCUGACUGUCUCAUUGGAGCCCUGGCGGCAGAAUUUGUUGCGCGUCUAUGCGAAUCUGCCAAUUCUUCCCUGCGACGAAUUAUUCAUUCAUUACGGUCGUGAUUUUGCACGCGAGAACAAUUACGAGGUUGGUUUGCCCAGCCCUCUAUUCUUUAAAGAUCUGGGAUGGACGGAUCACGGCACGGGAGACCUGACAAAACAAGGUGUGCUUCGCGACAAGCCGUUUUCUGUUGUAGUUAAGACUGGUGUUUCGUUUUUCUUCUCUUCUUCUAGACAAUACGAACGCCUCCAUUCAUUAUCUUGAGAAGACCGAGACUGUUGAGAAGACUGAAAUCGAAAUCGUCUUAGAUGAGACCACAAAUCUAGUUAGUACUGAGGUUUCGAAUUCGAAAUCGAAUCUGAUUGCUGCUAACGCUAAGUAAUCACUCAAAUGAUUUCUGGUAGGCUCUUUAGAUCUAAAUGGAAGAGUUUGAGUUUCUAUCCUUCGCCUCUUCUAGCUCUAAACUAGAGUGGAAGCGGAAAGUCGGACUUUGCGUACGUCGAGAAGAGGCGCCCAGGUCGAGAGUGCGGCAAGUGAAGGUUACUAAGGGCUUUCGUCAGUUCUUUAACGGAUCAAAGUGUCCAAUUACUGGCGACCAGCGUCCUUCGUGGGAGAAACUCGCAGUCCAACCCAGAUUCUACAAUUAUGCUCAAGUUUUGAUCUUCUGAAUAUCGAUGUCAUCAUCGGCAUCAACAGCAUGAUCAUGUAGUGGUACUAAGACUAACAGUAGGUACCAGUAGUUGGCUUCUCUACUAGAAGCUUGUGCUUCCUUGUAGAAGUUUUCUUCUUGUACAACCAACGUAGAUGUACAACAUCAUCCUUGGGAGAUGAUGAAAUAUUAGUAAGAUCCCUUUGUCAGACUUUGACUCGUUUUUUUGAGAUGGUGGUCUCUGAUCAUUUUUUAUGGGAUCAUGAGCUAAAUUUCUUGCUCUAAUGGUGACGUCGGCGGAAUCCAGCAUUGUAUUCAUGCAACGGUGAAACUCGUGCGAAAAAGCCUGACGUCGCUUCGUCCACGACUACCACUUCAGCCGUAACACCCGCACUUGUGGAAACAAACAACAAGUACAAAGCGUUGAGGAUGACAUCAAAGGGAAACAACAAUAAACUAAAAGGAGGUAACGGAGCGCCGCCGGAUGUUGUAGAGCAACCUCCCGCGAGUAUUGUAGCUUCCCCAGUCACUGCCACGUCUUCCAGGAGUAGCAAAGAUACAACAGUCCCGGAAAUCACGGAGGAGCUCCGUCGCCGAUUUCCGGAGAGGUACGACCCAUCGGGAGAAACCUUCGCGUACAACGUUUUGCUUGCCCAAAUGCGACGCGAUGCUGGCGACACCCAAGAAGAAAUCCUCGAGUCCCUCGGACUGCUACGCAAAUAUCAUCAAAGAUGAUCAUCAUGUUGAGCCGCAUGAAGAGGAUGAGCAAGAGCAUGACGAGGACACUAUCUACUUAUCAAAGAAAUAUGAAAGAAGGUAGUAAAUGUUAAGGAUGUAGUAGUUUUUGAUACUAGUUGUUGUAUCAGCGCGAAAGGCCGAGCCCGCCGGAUAGUCUUACGAUGUGCUUUUCCAUUUUUCUGAAAUGACAAAAUAUGCAGAAGUAGCUCCACCAGCUUCUUUCCUCAACAUCAUUUUCAGGAUUUCUGAUACAGAUAACGUGAUCGCUCACGAGUUUCAUCCCAUAUAUUCCACAUGCUUCUUGUUUUUCUGUAGCAUACUAGUUUUUUGGAAAAAGACAAGGUCUUCGCGCGAAAUCAGUGAUCUGCGUGAUGCUAGAACUCUGUAUUCCUUUUCAUGGCGUUCCUUUUUCGGCAGACCAAGUCUGUAAAAUUUCCGCGGCUGACGCUACAUCUGAAGAUGAAGUGAGAAUUGUAUGUGGGAAUGGGACUCUUGUUUUACUCGGACGACAAAAAACGAUUGCUUUUUCAUGCAUCGUGAUCAUUCACAUUCGGUGUUCAUAACUUGCAUUUCAAUCAUUGGUAUGGCUCGCUAGAUUGAUCAACUUCAAGAACUAGUACUCUUAGUUGUAAAAGGAUAAUAGAUGGUGGGCGACACUCAUCGCAAAUGCAAGAGCAGCAAGAGCGCGCCCGCAUUCUUAGCAACCACCUUACACACUGGAGGUUCAUUUUGUCUGAAAAUCCUAUCUGUUUUGCGGC